GUUCAAUUGUUUCAAUUUUGAUCGAAAGGAAGCACCUUGCAGAAAACCCAAUUUGCAAAAUUCGUAAAAUUGGAAGAAAGAUUUGGCAGAGGCUAAAGGGAGAUGAGAAGAAGGCCUGGAAUUGGAGGGCUGCAGACGCAUGCCGCUGCGAGGGAUCAAUUCCGUUUGCUCGGUGAAAAUGUCGCAAAGAUCAGAACCGAUUUGAUGAAGGAGCAGCUUGCUACGUUUCGCUCUCAGCUAGAAGACUUUGCUCGCAAACACAAGAAUGACAUCCGCAAGAACCCUGCAUUCAGAUCACAGUUUCAUGAGAUGUGUGCUAAAGUUGGAGUGGAUCCCUUGGCCUCAAACAAAGGUUUCUGGGCAGAGCUUUUAGGAAUUGGUGACUUCUAUUAUGAACUCGGGGUUCAAAUAGUGGAUAUUUGCUUGGCCACUAGAGCCCACAAUGGAGGACUGAUCAACCUGCAAGAACUCUGCCAUCUCCUUCGUCAAAGACGAAAAAGUGAUCGUGGAGUUGUUUCCGAGGAUGAUUGCUUGCGUGCUAUUAGUAAGCUGAAGGUUCUGGGUAGUGGUUUUGAAGUUAUUUCUGUUGGAAAGAAAAAACUUGUUCGUUCAGUUCCAACAGAGUUGAACAAAGACCACAAUGAAAUUCUAGAACUUGCCCAGGCUCAAGGAUUUGUGACUGUUGAUGAAGUAGAGAGGCGGUUAUCUUGGAGUUCCGGCCGAGCUGUUGAUGCCCUUGAUACAUUACUUGAUGAAGGACUUGCAAUGAUUGAUGAUGGCCAUAGAGAUGGUAAAAGGAGGUACUGGUUUCCUUGUGUGUCACCCAUCUCAUCUCUAGUAGGAGUUGAUUCCUGAUAAAUUUAGUGAAAAGGAAAUUGAGGUCUGAUUUUUGAAGGCCUGUGUUUAGAUAUUUACAAUAUUGAAAUUUACUAUUGCUUUUGAUUUCUUGAAUUAUUUGUCCUAAAAUGUGAUUAAUUGUAUGUUUAUCUAGUGUACACAUGUAUGGUGUUUGGGAACCGGAAAUAUAUACUUCAUUUUCUGUAAA